AUGGCGACUAAUGCAUCUUGUGAUUUCCAACACCAUGUCAUUUUGUUCCCCUUUAUGUCCAAAGGCCACGCCAUCCCCAUUCUCCACCUAGCCCGCCUCCUGCUCCGCCGCUGCAUUGCAGUCACCAUCUUCACUACUCCGGCAAACUACCCUUUCAUUGCUAAGUCUCUUACUGCCACCACCGCCGCCCGUAUCAUUGUGCUACAGUUUCCUCACAAUGUCCGUGGAAUACCUUGUGGCGUUGAGAGCACCGAUAAGCUUCCAUCCAUGUCUCUUUUUCCUUCAUUUGCCCUUGCCACUAAGCUCUUGCAACCAGAAUUUGAGCGCGCCGUUGAGACUCUUCACCAUGUUAAUUUCAUGGUAUCUGAUGGUUUCCUGUGGUGGACUUUAGAGUCUGCGAAGAAGUUUGGGUUUCCAAGGUUGGUGUUCUAUGGUAUGUGUAAUUACUCUAUCUGCGUGUCAAGAGCUGUGCGUGAGGAUGGGCUUCUUUUUGAUCCACAGUCUUUAGCUGAAGAGAUGAUCACAGUGACUCGGUUUCCAUGGAUUAAGGUAACUAGAAGGGACUUUGAGCAACCCUUCGCAGAAGCUGAGCAAAAAGCUAAAUUCGAGUUCAUGAAGGAUACAGUGGCAGCAUCAAAAAGUAGUUAUGGUUAUAUAGUCAAUAGCUUCUAUGAGCUUGAAACAGUUUUUGUUGAUUUCUUCAACCUUCAUAGUGGACCAAAGGCGUGGUGUGUUGGCCCCCUUUGCUUAGCUGAGCCACUGAAGAGCACUGAUUCUUCAGCUCAUGAGAAACCCACUUGGUUUCAAUGGUUAGAUAAAAAACUGGAGCAGAAAAGAUCAGUUCUCUAUGUUGCGUUUGGGACUCAAGCAGAGAUUUCACCAGACCAACUCAGAGAGAUAGCAAUUGGGUUGGAGAAUUCAAAGGCAAACUUCUUUUGGGUGAUGAGAAACAAAGAAUCAGAAUUAGGUGAUGGAUUUGAAGAGAGGAUUAAAGACAGAGGAAUAGUAGUAAGUGAUUGGGUUGAUCAAAGGGAGAUAUUGGAGCAUCAGAGUGUAAAAGGGUUUCUGAGCCAUUGUGGAUGGAACUCAGUCUUGGAAAGCAUAUGCGCCGGAGUGCCAAUUCUUGCAUGGCCGAUGAUGGCGGAGCAACCAUUGAAUGCAAGAAUGGUGGUGGAGGAAAUAAAAGUAGGUUUAAGAGUAGAGACAUGUGGAGGUCUUGUGAAGAGGGAGGAGUUGACGAAGAUUGUGACGGAGUUGAUGGAGGGGGAAAGGGGAAAAGAGGUGAUGAAGAAGGUGAAGGAAUAUGCAGAGCAGGCCAGGAAGGCAGUGGAGGAAGGAAUUGGGUCUUCCUGGCGCACGUUAGACAUGCUCAUAGAUGAGACGUGCAGAAAAUAGCAUCAAAUCGGACAAUAUACAAUGGUGUACGUUGAAGAUUCUGUCUGUAUUAAAGUUUGUGGUGGUCAUUUUCGCAUAUAUUUUAUAGUAUAGAGGAAAACGAAAUUUUAUUUAGCAUAAGCAGUCUUUCUGUGUUACAAGCAUCCAAUGAUAUGUGGGAACAAUUGCCGACUGAAGCACGCUUCUGGAAAGAAGAUUUAAGACUUCUUUUUCUUGUAUUAUUAAUUAUUACAUUUAAGAGUUUUAAGAUGGAAUAAUACUGAUUCUUUUUUUUAAUUAAA